AUGACUGACUGUGAAAAAGAUUUGUUUCGGGAUACUUGGAUGCGAUAUUUAGGUUAUGCUAAUGAAGUGGGAGAGUCCUUCCGUUCACUGGUGCCUGUUAAGGUGGUCCGUGCAAGCUAUGCCCUAGCGUUCGCUUAUGUCCUGGCUGACACUGGAGACAAGAGUUGGAAAAUGAUUAGAAAAGAUGGCACACCAAAGAAGGUUCUAUUAGAGACUGGAGAUGCAUUGUUGUGGCAAACACUGGCAUCUGUGGCAAUACCAGGCUUUGUAAUAAAUAGAAUAUGUGUUUAUUCUCAGAACUAUCUGCAAAAGAAUGUGCCAAAACUACCUCCGACCCCUAGGAAAUUGUUAACUGUAGGAAUUGGUUUAGUAUCCAUACCUUUCAUUGUUCAUCCCAUAGACGAUUCUGUCACAUGUUUAAUGAACUAUACAUAUAGGAAAUGGGUUCAUGCG